AUGGGUCACAGACGCAUGGCUCUGCGCGCCAUGCUGGCCAACGCUGCUGCACACCAGCUUUGCAAUGGAGGCACAUCCGAUUCAACCUUCAUGCUAGCACAAAGGAAAGCUAUCAAAGCUCAACGUCUCUCCCUCGAAGAACUUGCAACCUACGAUGCCCAUCUUCCGAAUAGAGGCGAACAAGGCAAAGACCACAACCUUCCCUCGGCCCUUGACGACGACGCGAUUGUAGCAUCACUCUUCCUGCUUGGACCAGAAAUUAUUCACCCGACCGAUGAGAUCAGCUUCAGCAAGACUCAAUCGUUGCUCAAGGGAGCAUGCUUCCUCGUCUCUAAGCGCCAUGAGUAUUUUACCUGUAAGUGCUCGCUGGAUCAUCCAGCACGUCUGGAUCCUUGCUAUAAGCUCGAAAGCCCCCUGUUUCAACACGCGGUCCGAACAUUAGCAUACACCGAUAUCAUGUGUUGCGUACCCUGCGCCAAAGCCCCCAUUCUGGACAAAAGCUAUUGGCUUGACGAAGCUAUCAAAGCGACCAGGAGAGGCGCUGAAGUCUUGCGACCAGACAUUGAUUUGGGCUACUGUGCGCACAUGUUCUCCAUUCUCGGAUACUGCACAUCGGCAAUUGAUCAACUAUACAGAAAAGAUGUAUCAGCCUUUGAGUUUAACGAGAUCCAAGAAACCCUCUCAUUUCAGCUGGAUCAAGCAGUACGAUCGAUUCCAGACUAUUCCAACGUUUUGACCACAGUUCCCAGCACUUUUGCCAGGGAGAGUGCUUACGAGACUGAAAGAUUGUUUGCGCACGAUGGGUGUGUCACAGCCGCAAUAUGUCACGGUCUUGCCAACCGAAUCUUCCUCCUACGGGCGACAAACCACGAGUGGCAGGCACCAGAGAUAUACGCACUCUGCUGCCAGCUCUCUACCUACGUGUCCCGCAUCCCUGUAGACUCUGCUGUAGUUGCAAUCAUGCUUUGGCCAAUCUGGGUGCUGGGCUGCGAAAGCUACACAACCACACCGGACCUACCACGGGAGCGCGUUGCCACACUCCUCGAAGUCAUCUACGAGCAUCAACGAAUGAAAAACGUGCUUCUUUGCCUUGGUGCUUUGAAGCAAAAGAUUUGGAGCCUGGCCUCACCUGAUGUACGGUGCGCAUCUGGCCUUGGAACGGCUCUCCAGUCUAGUUGGGUCCAAUACUGUUGGCAGAAUGGAAUCAGGCUGCUGCUUGCAUGA